UCUCUAUUCUUAUUUCUCUUGAAUUGUAUGUAAAUUGAUCAAAGUAGAAAUGUUUGACAAACUAAACGAUGAUUGCUGGCUGACCAUCCUCAAAUAUUUGAAUCUGAAAGAUCAAGUGAACCUAGCGCAACUCUCCAAGAGCCUGCGGUCUGUUGUCCGGUACCAGUGGGAGCACCUAAAGGUCGCCUACAUGGACCAGGCUUUGGUGAAACGUUUCGAGCAGCAGUCGAGCGAAAUGGAGGAGUUCCUUCAGCUCGCCAGUGGGUCGCUGCAGAAACUGACAAUUAAACAAACUGAUAUUGCGCUACUACAGAAAUGGAGAGCUUAUGAAUUUCCCAAAUUGGUGACGCUUGACUGUGAUCUGGGUUUUGAGAGCGAAGAGGAGACGGACGAGAAGGUGCUACUGUUGACGCAGCUCUUUCCGAAUCUACGCCAACUAACAUUACUUGGCAGCACUACUGGCCGACACAUAUGGGCCUGGGAUCAGCUACAGGAGCUGCACCUAAUGUGCUGCGAGGACUUGGACACGUCCACAUUUGAGCAGGUUUUCAGCGCCAUUCCGUUGCGCAAGCUUACUCUGCUUUACUAUGGAUACAACACGAAUAUGGGUGACGAUGUGCUGCCCAUAUCGAGAUGCACUACGCUUGAGGAGCUUGUCAUGGAUGAUCAUCACCUGCUGGGCGACUUCAUGCCCAACCUGCUGCAGUUGCCCCGCCUGCGCCGUCUGGCCUUUUAUACCCGUGACUAUUACGAGUAUUUGCUGGAUACGGUGGGCAAGCUGCGACCGCUCAGGGUGAAGGCGCUUCUCUUCCACGACGCCUUCUGGAACAGCUCAUGCGUGAGCCAGGUCAUGAUGAGCAUGACGAAUCUGCGUCGUCUUGUGCUGCACGACGACGACAUUGAGUCGAAGGAUCUGCACAAGAUAUGCACCACAUUGCCGCAGCUGGAGGAGUUGCAUUUGACGAAAAUGCGUGCGCUGCCAACUGCUACCCAGCUGUGGGAAAUGGUCGGCGCCAGUCCAUCUCUGAAGAUUCUCAAUCUGUCGGGCAGUGGGCUGAAUAGGCAGUUCUUGGAUUUGAGCAGUUUGUGCUUGAAUCGAGUGUUGGAUAAGCGGAGUCUAUCGUCGCCCCUCACACUUCACCUACACAACACCUUGCUGAAGUGUGAUCAAACUGAGAUACUCAAAAAGCUAAAGCAUCCUAAUUUGGAAAUCUCCUUCGAGCCCAUCGAGUUGAAUGUCUGGAGCUCUCGAUUCGUGGAAAUCGAAUUUGAUAUUCCCACAGAAUAAGUCCUUCGUAUCUGUAAUUAACUUCGAAAAGUGCCUUUUGUGAUAGAUCCAAAAUAGCAGUAUAGUUAACAA